AUCAAUAUUGUAGCCUACGAUCCGCGCCGCUGCCGCAGUAUUAUGUGCAAGACGGAUUGUUAGACCGGCCAAAGUGGGUUCUACAGAGAAUGGCAGUUCGUUUAUAAACAUGAAGAGACAAAAUGUGCGCACGCUGUCUCUCGUCGUCUGCACGUUCACCUACCUGUUGGUCGGGGCAGCAGUGUUCGACUCUCUGGAAUCUGAGACGGAACGCAAGCGAUGGGAGUUUCUCCAGGAUCUGAGAGAUAAACUGCUGGGCAAGUACAACAUCUCGCAAGAGGACUACAAGAUGAUCGAGAUCGUGAUAAUAGAGAACAAGCCACACAAAGCGGGGCCGCAGUGGAAGUUCGCAGGAGCUUUCUACUUUGCCACGGUUGUCCUCGCUAUGAUAGGAUAUGGCCACUCGACACCUGUCACAAUCGGAGGAAAGGCGUUUUGCAUGGCCUACGCUAUGGUGGGAAUCCCCCUGGGCCUGGUGAUGUUCCAGAGUAUCGGAGAGCGUCUCAACAAGUUCGCCUCGGUGGUGAUCCGUCGGGCCAAGAUGUAUCUGCGGUGCUCCCAGACUGAAGCCACGGAGAUCAAUCUGAUGAUGGCUACAGGAAUGUUGUCCUCUGUGAUCAUCACCACGGGGGCCGCCGUAUUCUCACGCUAUGAGGGCUGGAGCUACUUCGACAGUUUCUAUUAUUGCUUCGUCACUCUCACCACCAUCGGAUUCGGAGACUACGUCGCCCUCCAGAAUGAUCAAGCUCUCAUCAACAAGCCAGGAUAUGUGGCUUUGAGUCUUGUUUUCAUCCUGUUUGGACUCGCCAUAGUUGCUGCAAGCAUCAACCUGCUGGUCCUCAGGUUCAUGACAAUGAAUGCCGAGGAUGUUCGGAGGGAAGACAAUGAACUACAGUCAGCCUCCCAUCAUGUGUUGACACUGGACGGUGAGGUUCUAGCUCUUAACGGGAAGCUACUGGCAGGCCACGCUAACCCAGGAGUGGUAGACGAUGACUAUGACCAGCUGAGUGUGUGCUCCUGCAGUUGCUUCGGUCCAUCCAAACAUCCCCCUCACUUCGUUUCAUUCGACCCUCCUCGCAAUCCUUCUCUCUCUAAGCGGUCUUCUGUGUAGCUUCCAGUUUUAAAUAAUUCUGAUUCUUCAUUAAAGUGAUUUAAACUAUAUUUUGUGUACACCAUACACAAAGGUACUGAGUUUUAACUUUUAAAUUUUUCAUAACACUAUCUAUUAAGAUGCUCAAGAAGCCAUUCUGGUGUAGAUCGAUUCUAUUAAAGUAUGGUUCAAUUAAAGUUCAGUGGUUUAUGUUCCAUCCUCAGUUAAGGAAGAUGCAGACCAAAGUGAUGGUAUGGCUAAAUUUACCAAAGGAUGUUACACUGAACUGUACUUAGAUCUCACUACACAUGACAAUUAAGAGUUAGCAUUAUAUGUUUAUCAAUUCAGUCAUCUCACAAAUGAAAUGCAGUAGUUUACCCCCAAGGGAGUGGCUAUAUUAUGUUAUCAGUUAACUGGGGUUGAAAUAAGAGAAAACAUUGCACAUGUGACUAAAUACUUUGACCUAGCUAUAGAACUUCUUCCUUUAUAAAUAAGUUAUUAAUAAAAAGAACAAUAUAGUUAAUUUUUAUAUAACAGGUUUUUACACAAGAUUAAUAUUAUGUAAUAAAUUGUUAAACUACUUCUCUAUUUUACAGGGAACAAUAUGACAGUGGCCCAUUGUAUUGUUUGUAUUAAGUUUCUGGUUGAUAUGUUUUUGACUCCUUAUUUUGUUACUUAAUUUUUUUAUAUGUGUAUAUCCACUUUUUGUAUUUUAGUAUGUUACACACUAAUUGAUUAAUUAUUAGAAUAAAGUUAAAAGACUGAUAUUUUAUAUAAAAA